GUUUGAAGUAUAUAGUAUGAACUUUUCGCUGUAAAACGAUAUAAACGCUCUCUAGUGAUCUGCAAUAUUAUUAAAAGAAGAAAAUUAUUUUAUACUUUGUUCUAGGAUAUUUUCUGGAAACAUACAGAAUCAAUUUUACUGCUGCUCCAGAAUCAUGGAGGCCAUUGCUGUUUACUUGAUGAUCCUGUCGCAAAAAUCAAUGUUACUUUGAUAAUUAGUAAAUCUCAAAGAGAUUUUCAAGAAGAAAUAUUAAAAGUAGUAUUAUCUUGCAUUAUGCAAAUAUAAAAUUAUUAAUCAUUUGAUAUAAUUGACACGGAUUUUCAGUUACGCAGCAAUAUUUUUGAUAAGCCAGCACAUUUGUACUGAUAACGCUGACGACAAUCGUAAAAUAGUACUGAAAUGAGUCGAGAACUGUUGUUGUUAGUUUUUUUGCCCGUAAUUUUGGCAUCGUCUUGUGUCAUAAAUAUAGAGACAGUGCCGGAUAAAAUAAGCCUUAAGCAUUCCUCCACCCUUGACGUUCAUUUCUUCACAAAUGUGUCUAUGUGUGAACCGGAAGAUUUUCAUAGUACAAAUUUUUUGGAAGUUAAAACUUCUAAUAAGGAUGUUGCCAUCCUUAAUGAAUCAACUAUUCAAAUUGGAGAAAAUACAACUGUUAAAGUAACGAGCUAUCAUGUUGGACUAUGUGAUUUGCUAUUCAGUGUUAAUAAGUCAAAUACAACAAUAAAUAUGGAAAAUAAUAGAAUAGAAGUGCUCUUAGGGAAAAAAUCUCUAAAUAAGGCUUUUGUAAUCAUUUUAGCAAUUUUAAUUUUGGUAAAUAAUACUGGAUUUGGCUGCAAAUUAGAGGCAGCUUUACUUUGGAAGACUCUUAAAAAACCUCUACCUCCCGCUAUUGGCUUCGUCUGUCAAUUUGGCUUGAUGGCUCCUCUGUCUUUCGGUAUCACUCACCUCUGGAAUUUGGAUCCUUUGUAUGGUAUUGGCUUGUUAACUAUUGGUGCUGCUCCAGGGGGAGGUGGAAGUAAUAUUUUUGCCAUAUUACUUGAUGCUGAUUUGGAAUUAAGUAUUACGAUGAGUACUAUUAGCACCUUCGCUGCCUUGGGAAUGACUCCACUCUGGCUUCAUGUAUUAGGCACGCGUAUUUUGUCAAGAGCAAAAGCUCACAUUCCUGUUAAAAACGUAUUUAUAUCUCUGGCUACAAUUACUAUACCAGUUAUAUUUGGUAUGCUGAUAACGAGAUUUGCUCCCAAAGUCUCAAAAGUUGCAAGCAAAUACUUGAAAAUUUUCAUGCUUUUCUCUGGUUGUAUAUUUUUCACAGUUUUAGUUUACACUAAUUGGUAUUUGAUACCUUUGGUGAAUUUCAAAAUAAUAUCGUCUUGCUUAGCCCUAUCAGCCAGUGGUUAUCUAUUAGGCGGUAUCAUUGCAUGGGUCUGUAGGCAAGGAAGGGAUAAGAAUAUAACUAUAUCUAUAGAAACUGGAUUUCAGAAUGUUACUAUGAGCCUUUUUCUUUUAAACAUCUCUCUGCAUCACCCAGAAUCAGACCUGGCUAGUCUAAUACCGAUAACAUAUUCUUUGUUUGGUUCGGUAUUACCUGCCUUAGCAUACGUUAUUUAUGCUACAAAGAAUCUAAUUGAAAAUUAUCGUAAGAAAUCUGCUGAAAGUGAUUAUCAAAAAGUGGAAGCAAUUGGAGGAAGUGAUUCUACAGUCUGUUCUGAUAUCAAAGACGAUGAUAAAAGGAUUUCAGACGUGGAACUAGAAAAAGUUUAA